GUACAGUUAUACGAGUACAAACGAACCUCCUCUUGUUUUUUCACCGCUCUUCUCUUCCAUCUCUCGGAUUCCAUUCUUCUGUUCAUAUGGCGGAGCAUCACCACCACAAACCCUCGAUUUCCGAAUGAAGUGUUGUCAAAUUAAACCACUGCAAUUCCAUUGGAGCAUAGACUUGUCUUUUGAUCAUGCUGCAAUCUUACAGAAUUGCAUAUGUAUGCAUCUAGUCCAUACAGUGAAUCUGCUCUGGUCACAGCUAAUGAAACAUGGUGGCAUCAAGCAUAUGUGACUCAUAUUCAGAUCUCAUGGAUAUUGAUCAGGUCUUGGUUGUUCCUGACACUCCUGAUAGGGUAUCUAAAUCACCUAAAAAUAUUUGUAAGAUCUCUGAGCCUGCGGAGUCCAGUUCGAGAAAUACUAUGUUGGCAAGUAGAGGCAUUACGGAUAGAAGGAGACGUUUGGGUGAUAAUAUUCGUGCUGCAGGAAUGUAUUCUCAUUCUGGGGGUAAUCUUGGUGAUAUUGCUAGAAGUCAGGGUGCAAGCGGCACUGCCAUUCCUACUUCUAGCUUCAGAAAUGCUCCAAUGUCCAGUACUAUAGAGGGCAAGACCGUUAAACACAUGGACAGACAUCACUGUAACCAUCAGCACUUGGUGGAUGACAAAUUUUCACGUUCUAGUCUUCCAGGAAUAUCAUCUCACCAUCCCAACAGAAGACUGAACCCUGUUUUGAUUGAAAAUGGUGAAAUUCCAAAGCAUUCCUCUAAAACAUCAAGAGAUGAUUUAAGGUCUCGACCGAUGAACAAGGGUUAUUUGCCUCCAAACAAUGCUGGUUCUUUACAUACUGCUGGAGUUUCUUCGCAACAGUACAAAGGUUCUAGUCUUCCAGGAAUAUCAUCUCACCAUCCCAACAGAAGACAGGACUCCGCUUUGGUAGAACAUGGUGAGGUUCCUAAGUCUUCCUCUAAAUCCACAAGAGAGAAUUUAGGGGCCCGAAAGAUGAACACAGGUUAUGUGCUUCCCGACAAUAUUGCUUCUUUACAUACUGCUGGAUGUUCUUCGAAAUCUAUUAGUAGUGAGAAUAAGGGAAAGGUGAAGGUUGGUCAUGAUAAUCCUGUCCAUUGUGAUGUUCAUUCGGUGGAAGGGAAUGAUAAUAUUUGCCUCAUUGCUUCUGAUCAUGAUACUGUGGAGGGUCUCUCGAUGGCACCUCACUCUUUCAGACCUAGUACAACUGUGCGGAAAAGGUGGGUACGCAAUGGGUGUAUAUCUCCACACAAUAUAGCAAAGGCCAAAAGGUUAGCUGAGACUUCUGGUAAUGGAUCUCAAAACACUGAGUGUGCUGUGAUAUCUGGUGGGUCUCAUCCUAUAGUUGAUGUUAACGAGGUAACUUCCAAACAUAAUGCUGCAUCCCGAGCGAAAGGGAAAGAGCUGUACGAAUCUUCUCCAAAAGGCCAUGCAGACAGGAGAAGUGAUGUUGGGCAUUUUGCUGAUGGAUGGUGCAAUGGUAAAUUUCCUGAGGACUGCGUUCUUGUACAAGACACCAGUGGCAACUCAAACAAAAAGGUUUUGGGAAAAAGCUCUACGUCAUUUCCUGCAACGUCGUCCGAGCAAAAGCCUGUGCUUAAUGAGGGCCAGAUUCACACACCAACCUCAAUUAUUAAAAGACAAAAGAAGCACACCUUGAGUUUAGGAAGCCCAGAGAAAAGGUCAGAGGUAAUUUGUUUGAGUUCAGGUGGGGAAUCAUCGACCAGGAAGUCAGUUAGGGAUCGUUGUCGUUUGCCUCCGAGUGAAUUAGGUUCCUCGGUAGCUGUUGGUGAAAUUUCUCCGGAAGUGAGAGAGAGUGUCACACAAACCGAUAAUGACGCUGAAACUAGGGAUGUACAACUCCAAGCAGAUGAGAUGUUGGCUCGUGAACUGCAGGAGCAGUUAUAUAAUGAAAUAUCUGAACCUUCUAGUCACGAGAUACUUUCAUCACUAGGCUGGGUAGAGCAUCAGGAAGACCAUGUGCAGCCUGCUUCUUCAAGAGGAAGCCAUCGCACACAUGCUUUUGGGGCUGCUCCACCAUUAACUCGGCAAGCUUCUCAGUCUUUGCGCAACCGUUUGUUCCGUCGAGGAGCUCAAGCGCGCCUCCCCAGAUCAAAUGUACCGAGGCUAAGGAGUCAUGUUCAUCGCUAUCCUAGAGGGAGGGGUAGAUUAUUCCCUUCAGAUAUGGAUGUUGACAUGAGAAUGGAUUUACUUGAAACAAUGGAAGCUGUGGUAAAUGAUGAUAUCAGAAUGGUCAAUCAACUCCUUGAGUCUGAUCGUGAAUUUGGAGAAAAUGAUUACGAAAUGUUAUUGGCUCUUGAUGAAAACAAUCAUACACAUCUUGGUGCAUCAGUUGCUCGAAUAGCGAACCUCCCGGAGUCCACAGUACAUAAUGAUAACUGUGAAGUUUGUUCAAUUUGUCUUGAAACUCCAGCUAUUGGAGACACCAUGCGACAUCUUCCUUGCUUGCACAAAUUUCACAAAGAUUGUAUCGAUCCAUGGCUGAGAAGAAGAAGAUCAUGUCCAGUUUGCAAGUCAGAUAUUUGAAUGUUUUUCGGUUGACUCGAUCCCUUUCUUUGCAUCAUGAACCCGCCUGCGUUCUCAUCGUGACCAUGAAGAAGCAUUGUGUUUUUGAGGCGGACGCGAGAAUGUUCUUUUACGUGUUUGAGCUAUUGUUGAUCGAAUAGUCCUAUAUAACAAAGAUCACAGAAAAGAACAACCGAAGCUGUAAAGUAAGGCUCUACUCGUGGAACACAAAGGAUAUUAAUAUAGGAUUGUACUGUAAUCUUUUGUUGUAAUCUUUUGUUCGUGUAGUGAAGUGCAUUAACCUGUAUUAAUGCUGAGAUGAGCUACAAAAUAGUUAGGACAUUCUUCCCAACAAGUACAAGUUUUGGCGGCCAUAUUUGGUUUGUUUUGGAUACUGCCAUAACUACAAGCCCAAAGCUUCUUUGUGCAUCUUUUACUAAGCCGAGACACCGUGAAUGGUUAUCGGUUCUUGCUGGCUCAGCCGUCAGUUUCUCCUGUUAAGAAAAAUUUGUCAUAUUAGUCAGCAAAUUCGGAAAAUUACUCAAUAAUUAUUUGUAGUUUCUAUGA